CGCUGCCAUGUUUCCAGACUUCCAGUGUAGAAAAAGACGUAUCUGAUUGGCUAAUGAUAACGUCAAUGUGUUGUUGUAUUUUGUGCUUGUGUGUGUGUAGUGAUGAGUGAGUCAUGAGUGGAUUCGAAUGUAAAUAAUACUAAAAAAUAGUGUAGUGUAGAUGAUAAGGAUGACGGUCUAGAUUUCUGUUAGUAAAAAGAAAUUAAAUUUGAAUUUCUCUUCUUCGAAACAAGUGAAAAAUUCCUAUAGCAGCAUGGAUAUCGUAAUCGAAACAAGAUUAACUGAGCCAGUUUAUCGCAGAAGUCAAUAUCACGAUGUCAUGGUUAAAGUGGAUGACGAUGUUUAUUACUUGGACAAAUUUCAACUGGCCUCAAAAUCGGACUAUUUCGAGAAAUUAUUAAUCGAGUAUUCUAACCAACAAGAAUGCAUUUCGGUAACGCUAUCAGUGAUUGAUACCGAAACAUUUUCUACCAUAGCUGACAUAAUAUACGGACAGUCUUUGAAGUCUGUCUUACACCACAAUAAUUACGUUGAAUUAAUAAUGGCCAUGGAUUACUUACAAAUGGAAAUAGAUCUAGAAACCUGCGAAAAUGUCAUCAAGUGUCAUAUGCCCAUCCUACACGAGAGUAUAUUCAAAUUAUACUACUUCGUACGAGAGAAUCCAAAUCUACAAUGUUUGCUACCGUCGGUUUUUGAAUAUUUAUCUAUUCAUUUGGCAGAUAUGCGAAAUAACAAAGAUUUCUCAUCUUUACCAGUUGACCACAUCCUACAGAUAAUUUUAAGGAAAUGUACCCGGUUAGGUAACCCCAAGACUACGAAGAGCGAUGUGCUCGAAGUUUGUCAAGUUUGCUCCGAAUGGAUUUGUGCCGGUUUGGAGAAUAGACUUCCUCAUGUAGCGAAGCUCGUCAAUGCUGUCAAACGAAGAUUUUUUUACAUGAAUGGAGUGAAGGAUGAUGAUUGUAAUACGAUGUUGUCCGAAAUCGCCGAAAAAAUAAAUCCCGAAAUGAUGACGAAGAUAUUCUACAAAUUUUUAAUGUGCAAUGGAGACAUAAAUCCAGUUCAGAAUCUCAAUCUACCGGAAAAUAGAAAAAGAAAACUUUCGACCAGUUCUGAGAAAAAUCAACGAAAAAAGUUGGCAAAACUAGUAGAAAAAAAUUAUUUUUACGAUGUCGUAGUCAAUGUUGAAGAAAAAACUUAUAAACUUCAUCGAUUUAUAUUGAAUUCAGCGUCCUGCUAUUUCGCUGAAAUUUUCUCCACCAAGCAGUCCAACUCCUCGAACGUUCCAUGUGCAGAAGUAUCGACACAGCAACCAAAUAAAAUUGAGACGUAUUCACUUCACGAUGUUGAUCAAGCCACGUUCGACAUGAUCAUCGAAUAUUUAUAUUUCGAUGAAUUGCAAUUAACACUUGAGACUAUAACUCGUGUUCUGAGAGCUGCCAAUUUUUUGAAAAUGAAAAAAUUAUUUAAUAAGUGUGUAUCUUGGAUGAGGGAGCAUAUUGAGGAAGUUUGUGCGAAAGUUUUAAUCAUCGAUGAAUGCAUGUCUACGUCGUGGAUCGUAGACAAUAUUGAAGAAAUUGUUUCAAGAUUUCUAACCAUACCGGAUACAGACGAUACAUUGGUUAUCUGUUUAAUUACUUUCGAAAUGUUGGAAGAUUUACUUCUGUCCUCGACGCAUUGCUGCGUUAAUCCGCAUCAAAUUGUAGACGCAUGUUCAAAAUGGAUUUUCCACGAUGUGAAAAAUCGAUAUCAUCUGAUACCAGAAAUCGCCCUUGCAAUUAAUCGCAAUCGCAAUUACUAUAAAAUCGAAACUCCUACAGAUUUAAUCAACUGUUCAUCGGAGCAACCGAUUCGAGACGAAUUAUGGAAGAUUUUAAAUUGUACCAAGUUGAUACCUUCCACUGAGGAAACGCCGAAUAUUGGUGAAAAAAAGAAAUGUGAAGAAGUACCCGUGUUCGUCGCAUUGUCCAAAAAUUUGACAACAAUUCAUGUUUUGAACGCCGAUUUAGACGAAAUCGCCUCAUUGUGUCUUUCUGAGCUUUUGGAAUUUGGAAUUCGUUCGGAUGGUGGCAUUAAUUCUGUAGCCGCGACUUUAUUGGAUGAUAAUUUAUUCGUUAUGUUUUCAUUGUUUUCUUUGAAUCGUAAUUUUCUUUGGUUCGGUGUAUAUAAUUUAUCUUUAAAAAAAUUCAUCUCUUUGAAUAACAGCGUAGACGUGAAAAAAUCGACUCUAUGGUCUCAGAUGUCUCAGGGUACCAAUACGAGUUCGCUGUUGAAUUGUCGGGGCCAAGUUUACUGUUGUUUCAAACAGGGCCACGUAUUGAAGUAUUCGAUGGAAUUGAAUCGUUGGAUGAUGUUAUCGGAUAAGCCGGUAUUUUCUGACGAAGGCUCGAAAAUUGAUUGGUAUAACGUAUGGUUUACAAGCGAUGGAAAUAAGUUGUACAGGUUGUAUGCUAACAAUGUUCGUGAAAUGGUGACUCAGCAGUCGUAUUUUACCAAUACUUUUACAUAUGUUGUGGAAGAAUUCGAUUUCCAACAAAACGUAUGGUUGUCGUUAUCAGAUACGUCAUUUACACAAAGUUCUUCACACGUGCGAAAUUUUACCAUAAUAGGUCGCUCACUUGCUGUGAUAUUAACAUCACGUCUCAGGUCAUUUGACCGGAAUUCGAGAAGGUGGCGUGAGUUUCCUCUGGUGAACAGUUCUGUGUAUGGAAAAUCUUUUUUGUUUACCCAGUUUGAAGAUAGACUUUUACAUUUGCUCGACAACAAACUCUAUGAAUGCUCUCAAAGAAAUCAAACCUGGCAAUUGAAAAAAGAAAUACCCGUUUGUGCAGAAAAUCGUGGCCCUUAUGGGCCUUAUGCGUGCAUUAGUGCCGUUCAUAGACACAAGCAAAAUUUUCGCACAGAUUAAUGUAAUGCAUCGUGUAAUUUUCUAGUCAAUUUUUUUUUGCUUAUUAAUUAUUGUAAAAAGACUGAUUUAAUUAAAAUUAAUUAUUCUGUA